AUGGAAACUGUGCGUCAAAAAUGUCGCCCAAAGCACCAAGUGCUUAUCCUCAAGUGCUUUCCUCGCUAUCAAAAAGGCGUCCUCGAUGUAAAACCGAACGGAAGCGAACUGUCAUACCUAUUAUACUAUGCUAGUACGCGUCGAAGCAAACUGCAAAAGGUGGGCGCCUUCCUCGAGAAGAAAGCUGUGCGGGACGUGUAUAGAAGACGGAUUGGGAAUGUCCAAGUCACUCUUCAAAUCCUUUCGGCGCUCAUUGAGAAGCUGCCUCGUGAAUUACCUCUUUACGGACACUCGGUAUUGAAUGUGCUAGAAACAGUUCUUCACUCUUACGAGAUCGCCAUGGUAGAAGAGACUCUCCAAACCUUCGAGACGUUAUGCAGCCACCAAGAUCUAGCAGUCUUAGCUGCUGAACAACAGUAUGCGACACAGUACGAAAGCAUAGUCCGAAUCUACGCCGCAUUUGCGUCCUCCAAAUCGAGCAUCCCGUCCAAAUCUGCCGCGACUAGUCUUCCCAUCAGAAUGCGCUGGAAGAAUAUAGGGUUGAAGGCUAUAAAGAGCAUGGUCAGUUCGGAAGGCCUUAGCGCUGAUGGUGGAAAACAACUUGCUUGUAUCGUGCCAGUCGUUCUGGAGAAUGUGUACGACGGCGGUGAAGAACUUUUGGAUUCAUUACAUCGAACAACACAAAACAACGAGAAAACCGCUCUCGAGCAGGCUAGACGUCGUCGCGCGAGCACAGCGACUGUUCAAACUGUGGACACCGCAGAAGGAAACGUUGCCGAAGCUUCCGGCACCACAGCUGAUGCGGAUAAAGUAGCAGAAUUGGAAGUCCGGCUCCUCGCGAUGAAGUGCCUAGAACGCAUUUUUGUUGUCAGCAGUAAUCGUCCACAGAUACGAACAGCGGCAGGUCUUGUUUUACACUUUAUCGUGAGCCGGGAUGGAAACAACAAGGUUGAGACAGCGCCAUAUGAUCUUGGCAGAUGGGCCAAUUCCUUGAUGGACAUUAUCACCAAAUGGUGCCCGGUACAAGAUCGCUUCAUCAUCGUGUUCACCGCUGUUGAGAUAUUACGGGUAAUGUCGGCUGACGGACAGCCCAUCGGCCAGCAGAUACUCAUGGCUUCAUUGAUUGACUCGCUGUUGAAGUCGCCCGUGAAUAUGAUUGGACUGAGCGUGAUUGAUGUAUUAGUUGGAUUCGUCCAGCACAUACUACGUUUGCUCCAAGCUCCGUUGCAGUCUAAUCAGCCUACUCCUAUCGAUUCAACAGCACCCAUGGACUCGAACACAAACGACACAAUUCAGCAGGAAUCCAUGCUUGCCGGUGAACAUGUAAAACUGGCAUCGCUGCUGAAACAAUGUAUUGCCGAUCUCGCCACCCAUAUCUACUACGCUGAUCAGAUCUCCGACAUGGUUCGGACCCUCUUGAAGCGCAUCCGACCUCUAGCUCCUCUAAAUGUUUCGACAGGCACACUGUCAAAGAUAAUCACUGGUCCCAAUGUAUCGACAAACAACAUCUCAAGCUUGACUGGCGAACGACAGGCCGAAAAUUACUUUUACUCGGCAGCUUCACGAGUUGUGGCCCUAGAGGCCGUCAAGGAUAUUCUGGUCGUUGCAAAUCAGGGAAAGACCACAACAGGCCCAGGAAUCGAGUCGAGAAACAAGGUCGGCCUUGAGGUGUGGGAAGGCACACAAUGGCUUCUACGUGACCUGGAUCGUCAUGUUCGUAACGCAUACGCCGAUGCAUUUGCAACCUGGCUUCAACUGGAAACAACUAAGACCGAUCUCAAAGUUCCAGACCCGUCCAGUAGAAUUUCUCGGGCUCAAUCCAAACGUGAAAAUGACGGUUAUAAACGGAAUGCGUCAUCAGCAGCGGUCGACAAAACACACGCUCACGCCUCUUUCAUUUUCCUUCAGCUUUUGCAUUUGUCACUAUACGAGACGGUUGUCGAAUAUGCAGACAAUCAGGAAGAUAUACUGGUGACUUAUAUACUCCUAGCCCAAAUGGUCAAUAAACUGGGUGUCAAUGCUGCGCGGUUUGGGCUUCCUAUGGUCCUGAAGCUGCAAAGUGAAUCGCUCACUACCACAACUUCUCAGGUCAACAUCGGAAGUUUGGUGUAUGGCUACUUGACUGCAUUAACUGAUAAGUUUGAGUUUGGCUCUUCUCGACUUGGAUCGGCGAUUUCCAGUGAGAUAUCUAAGCGACAGAAGAACGGUACAUGGCUUGAGACGGUUCAACUCCCGCCGAUUCCCGUGAAUCAAAUCCCAUCAUCGGCCGACGGGAGCCUCGACAGACUAGAACUGCAGGAACCUUUGCGAGCUUUUACUGCUGUAGGAGACCUCGUCAAGCAGGUCGAAGAAGCCUACAAUGCAUCUCUUGCCGCACCUCAAAGUCCUCCUGGCUCGCCUGGCAAGCACGUUGCUUCUCAAAGUACUGGAUACGGAUAUCUAGACAGCGCUCAAACUUCAGCAACCCUACCUAUUGAUGUCAAAGAAGACAUGCUUUCUACCUGGUCUAAAGAAGCCUCUAUGGCAGUCUUGGAACAGGAGAAAGCAAGGGCAUCAUCUGUGGUUGGGUCUAGGAACGGCAACUCUAGGAGAAGUUAUGGAAGCCAUCAUCCAAACGGCUAUGGCAAUUAUACUUCCAAUGAUGGGGAGUCGCCUAUUAGCAUCAAUCGAAAUAAUCAGACCACCAUAGGGCCGGGACCCGGUAGCUCGUCUAGUUCUCAAGGCUAUCAACGUUACUCUAGCAGUCGGGCAGCAGAAGGCGCUUCUGGAUUAUCAACCAGGGAUUCCACUAUUCGAGUUAAUGACUUGAAGAGAAUGCUGACGGUAGCCGGAAAUUCUAAUGUCCGUCGAUCUAGUCCGCUACGAGGUCGCCUCGAUGCAAGCAAUGGCAGCGUCCUCACAUCAAGCAGCGAAAGCUUCGUCAGUGGAACGUUUUCUGCAUCGGAUUUUGAUACAGAAAGUAGACCGCAAUCCGUCCGAGAAGGCUCGGAGACACCGAGGGCCACCCCUGCUACCACCACGAGUUCAUACUCACAGUCAAGUACGAACAUUGGCAAUUAUGACCAUGAUAAUAUACCACCAGUACCACCCCUUCCUUCGGGGCUCAUUAUCCCGGGUGGAUUCCCGGAUACUAGCUCGACUAAUCUAUCUCGACAGAACUCUUCGCACUCUGAUGGUCGUUCUUCUGUCUUAUCACCUAAUCAGAUCAAAUUCGGAGGUUCUAUCAAGGGCAAGAGUAACGGAUCUUCACUCAGCGGCAAGCGAACUCGUUCAACCCCCAGUCUUCACAAAGCAGCUAGUCUGAGACAGCAACAGCAAGAGGGUUCCACUGGUGCGGAGAACAGCGACAGACUCGAUAUCGAGAAACUCCUCGACGGUGUUCUGCCGCAAAAUAACAAUGCCACUCUGAGCGUUGUCGAUCCGAACGUAGUCAACCGGAGGACAAGCGGUGGUAUUGGACGACCCCCGUACUAA